CUUGAAAGGCGCUCUCUGUCUUGUGGGGGAUUCCAUAGGAUCUGGAGGGCACAAGGAGGAGGUGGCUGUGUGAGGCUCUGUGUCUAUUUUCAAUGCAUCUGAUAGAUAUUACUGAGUCUCUCUCUCUCUCUCUCUCUCUCUCUCUCUCUCUCUCUCUCUCUCUCUCUCUCGGUAUUCUGGCUGAUUGGCUAGUGUAUACAGUGUGGGUCUAACCUGUUUGUGUCCCGGGGAGGGCGUGCAUGUCUUUGUGUGUGGGUAUGUGAGAGUCGGGUAGGGGCGUUGUCUACUGAGAGGGAGGAAGUGGAGUUGGAGGGGAUUAGUCAUUCUGCAGGAUUUUUGCCUAGCACAGGCAGAUGGCUGCUCCUGGCAUUCUUUUUGUUGUGCUGUGUGGAGGGGCAUUCACUUAAUCUUGCUCUUUCCUGAGAAGAUGGGGGACUUGCCCUUAGAUAUCAACAUCCAGGAACCUCGAUGGGACCAAAGCACAUUUCUAGGCAGAGCCCGGCACUUCUUCACUGUUACUGACCCUCGAAAUCUGCUGUUGUCUGGGGACCAGCUGGAAGCUUCCCGCAACAUCGUGCAGAAUUACAGGGCUGGUGUGGCAACCCCGGGGCUCACCGAGGACCAGCUGUGGAGAGCCAAGUAUGUGUACGACUCCGCCUUCCAUCCAGACACAGGGGAGAAGGUGGUCUUGAUUGGCCGCAUGUCAGCCCAGGUGCCCAUGAACAUGACCAUUACUGGCUGCAUGCUCACCUUCUAUAGGAAGACGCCGACUGUGGUGUUCUGGCAGUGGGUGAACCAGUCCUUCAACGCUAUUGUGAAUUACUCCAAUCGCAGUGGGGAUGCUCCCAUCACCGUGCGGCAGCUGGGAACAGCCUAUGUGAGUGCCACCACUGGGGCCGUGGCCACUGCUCUGGGACUCAAAUCUCUCACCAAGCACCUGCCACCACUAGUUGGCCGAUUUGUACCCUUCGCAGCUGUGGCCGCUGCCAACUGCAUCAACAUCCCCUUGAUGAGGCAGAGGGAGCUGCAGGUGGGCAUCCCAGUGACGGAUGAGGCUGGUCAGAGGCUUGGCCACUCGGUGACUGCUGCCAAACAGGGAAUCUUCCAGGUGGUGAUAUCGAGAAUCGGCAUGGCGAUUCCUGCCAUGGCCAUUCCCCCAGUGAUCAUGAAUGCUCUGGAGAAGAAAGACUUCCUGAAGCGCCGCCCCUGGUUGGGGGCUCCCCUGCAGGUGGGACUGGUAGGCUUCUGCCUGGUAUUUGCCACACCCCUGUGCUGUGCCCUGUUCCCCCAGAGAAGCUCCAUACACGUGACCAGGCUGGAGCCGGAGCUGAGAGCUGAGAUCCAAGCGCAAAACCCCAGCAUCGAUGUGGUUUACUACAACAAGGGACUCUGAAGGGAGCCAGGCUCUGCCUCUUUCCUUACCUCCUUAGGCUGCUUCUUGGGUGCAACCUUACAAUGUUACACUUUUUAUCUUCCGGGUCAGGGGGCUUGAGGUGGGGAGCAGCCACUGAGACCAGCAACCCCUUAGACUGGAGGAGGCAUCCCUAUAAGGCCCUUCUCUCCUCUCUGGUUUCAAGUCACAAAACCCUCCUGGGCUCGUGUGUGCGCCCACCUACAUAUGCAACACAUGGAAGUGUUUAUGUAUUUGGUCCUGGAAGCCAAGAACAGAUAGGCUGUUCUAGGAUGUCUUAAUAUUUGGCUUCCCUCGCUAGUCUCCUGCCCACCUAGCGGCAAGCCAGGUUAUAGAUGAUACUUCCUUCCCUAAACUGUUUCUCUGGCCAAAACAUUUCCAAUAGCCCAUUACCCUUCUGGAUCCCAGAACACAGACUGAAGGCCACCAGCAAGCCAAAUAGAAUCUAAUCCUUCAGCUGACUCCGGAAUCUGGGCUGGCAGUGUUGGGAUUAGGGAGGCAUGGGGCUCAUGCCUGCUGUGCCCCGCAUCCUUGAAUGGCUCCGGUCCUCUCUUCUCUUCUAGAGGAACGAAGGGAUGUCGGUAGCCUGCACUGCCCUCCACACGGCAAUGUGGGUGCUUUUAGGGAUCGUUUUAGGCGCUCUUGGUCUGUUCUGAUGUCAUGACUCAGACAGAAAUCCCACAAUUCCAGUUCUUUCCCUAAUCAGGAAGUCACCCAGGCAGAACAAGCAUUCCCCUUCAGGAACGGCCACCACCCAAACCCACUUGUAGGGGGACUGAUGUGGAAAUGGUGCUUCAAACACAGGCAGGCCUCCAGCGUACAAUCUCAAGACAGGAAAGUCUGUGCUUCAUUGACCCUUCUUAGACAUUCACCACUCCCCACCUCAGCUCCUUCUUCUCCAGCUGCCAGUCUCUCUGGAAGACCUCGGGGCUUCACAUAUGCCAGGCAAAUGCUCUACCACGGAGCUACAUCCCGUCCCAGUUCUUCUCUCUCUCUCUCCUUUCUUUUCUUUCUUCUUCUUCCUCUUUUAUUCCUGGUUUUUCGAGACAAGGUUUCUCUGUAGCUUUG